UGCUAUCUGAACAAAAGAAAUUGAGCAGCAAGCAGGAUGACAAUGACGGUUGUGAAGUCUGCACUUGCACUAAUGAUCGCACUCACAAUCCUGGUGGAGAAUAUCUCAGGUGUGAGGAAGCGCCCCUUCAUCCCACUGUGUGUUGGUCUAGGAUAUCUCAAGUGUGAGAGUGCACCCCUUCUUCAGAAAUUGUAUUGGUCUAGAACAUCUCAAGUAGGAGAAGGCGGCCCACUAUCCCCGAAUGUGUUGGUAUACCCUGCAGUGGACGAGGUGAUCCCUGGUGCGCGCCACGCUGCUAUUGUGCCCGAAAUGGCUAUCGACUUGAAUGCUUCGCAAAGGAGCUGUACAUUGGCGGGUAACUCGAAGCUACCCGAGUACAAUACAAUAGCCAAUGUAAUAAAAAUACAAUAUACAACUCUUCUUUAG